GACAGACAGACAGAGAGAGAGAGAGUAUGGCGAUCACACAGAGUCGGUCUGUCGUUACACCGGAGAUCUCGUGAAUGAAUCGUGACUCAACUGAACUGAAUCAUGAGAAUAUAAUGAUAAAUCACAGGCUGAGAUGAGAGAGAGUCUGAUGCUGGAGGGGUUUUAACGGGAUCCUAGCGGCGGAAACUCGCUCCGGCCUCUUGAUGCUCUCCCCUGACUGACUUAAAGCCGAGAUCAGGAUGAUAGAGGAGAGACGGAAGGGGAAUGUCAUGGCCGACAGGAAGCAGAUCUUCACAGACAUGAAGACGGAGAAUUAUGACACCAUCCGGCUGUCCACGUACCGCACCGCCUGCAAGCUCAGAUUCAUUCAGAAGAAAUGCAACCUGCAUCUGGUGGACGUGUGGAACAUGAUCGAGGCGUUUCGUGACAACGGUCUGAACACGCUGGACGUCUGCACCGAGAUCAGUGUGGCUCGGCUGGAGACCAUCAUCACCUGCAUCUACCAGCAGCUAAACAAACGGCUGCCCACCACACACCAGAUCAACGUCCAGCACAACACCAGCCUGCUGCUCAACUUCAUGCUGGCGGCACACGACAGUGAUGCACAGGGAAGGAUGACGGUGUUUUCUGUGAAAGUGAUGCUCUCGGUGCUGUGUGGAGGGAAACUAGUUGAUAAACUUCGCUAUAUUUUCUCCCAGAUAUCUGAUACUCAUGGUGCGAUGGUGAUGUCCAAGUUUGACCACUUCCUGCGGGAGGCGCUGAAGCCGCCCACUGGCGUAUUUGAGGGGCCGUCCUUUGGCUACAUGGAUCACUUCGCCAGAUCCUGCUUUCCUCAACAAAAGAAGGUGAUGCUGAACAUGUUUCUGGAUACUCUGAUGUCAGAUUCUCCUCCUCAGUGUCUCAUUUGGCUUCCUCUGCUGCAUCGGCUGGCAAACGUGGAGAACGUCUAUCAUCCGGUGGCGUGUUCGUUCUGUCGGUCGGAGGGCAUGAUGGGAUUUCGUUACCGCUGUCAGCAGUGCUUUAAUUAUCAGCUGUGUCAGAACUGUUUCUGGCGAGGUCAUGAGAGUGGAAACCACAACAACCAGCACGAGAUGAAGGAGCAUUCGUCCUGGAAAUCUCCAGCUAAGAAGUUGGGUCGUGCCAUCAGUAAAUCCUUGGGCUGUGUGCCGAGCAGAGAGCCGUCCCACCCCGUCUACCCAGAAUACCCUGAGAAACCCCUCAACCUGUCCAAUAUAGUUCCUCCCCGUCCAAUAGGAAACAUGAAUGAACCAGUCCUGCCUCCGUCUGCAGGCUCCAGCCCCACGAAGAGACCGCCGACUCUCGCCGCAGCUCAGCGUCUGAAUGAGGAACAUGCUCUGAUCGCAGCGUAUGUGAACAAGCUCCAGAGCAGCCCACGUGCGUUAGACAGUCCUACCCGAACAGAUGAAGAGCACAAACUCAUCGCUCGUUACGCCUCUCGUCUGGCCACGGAUCCUGGACACACAGGAAGACCUUCGGACGUCACCUGCGACACCAACAAACAGCAGAGAGAUCUGAUCAUGCAGCUGGAGAGCAAGAACCGGGAGAUUUUGCAGGAGAUCCAGCGUUUGCGAGAGGAGCAUGAACAGGCAUGUCAGCCGACUCCAGAGAGAGUCCAACAAAACCCGACCCUGCUGGCAGAACUCAGGCAGCUCAGGCAGAGGAAGGAUGAGCUGGAGCAGAGGAUGUCGUCUCUUCAGGAGAGCAGGAGAGAGCUGAUGGUGCAGCUGGAAGGACUCAUGAAACUACUGAAGGAUGAGGAGCAGAGACAAGCUGCUCAAGCCGCUGGCUCCUCCCCCAGCCACGCCUCCCCUCGUUCUAUGCAGAUGCCCAUUCGCUCUCCCUCAUCAGGCCCCACCCCCACACAAGGACACGUCCCCACCCACGGGCCCCAGGACUCUUUAGCUGGAGUGGGUGGAGAUGUUCAGGAAGCAUUUGCUCAGGGACCUCGCAGAAACCUGCGAAAUGAUCUUCUGGUGGCAGCAGACUCCAUCACAAACACCAUGUCUUCACUGGUCAAAGAGCUCAACUCAGUAGAAGAUGGAGAAGAGGAUGAGAGACUGCUGCAAAAUGGCAAAGACAGAGUUUCAGACGCCAUCACUCAAAUUAGGCUCUGAGCAGAAGUUUGCUCAAAAUUGCUGGAGCUGGAAUCGUUUACUGAGUGAAUAUUUCCUGGAGAGCAGCACUUAAAACAUGUUUCUGGUAAAAUGCCCUAAUGACUAUUAGAUUAUUGAUCAUUAUAUAUGUGUACUUAUGGUAUCUUGCAUUUAAAGGCUCAUUUUUUUUUUUAAGAAUUUGUUUGAAAAAUGUGUAAAAGAAAAUUAAAAUAGGAUCUCAAACUAAAUUAACAAAUAAUUUAAACUUGAUAUUUCUGCAAAUAUAAAUUUUUCAAUUAUUUUAAACAAACACAUACACACACACCUUUCAGGAUUUUGAAUGUUUUACAAAAAAUCUCUUUUAUUCUCACCAAGGCUGCAUUUAUUUGAUCAAAAUGCAGUAAAAACAGUAAAAUUGUGAAAUAUUCUUACAAUGUAAAUUACCCAUUUUUUAUUGUAUUAUAUUUUAAAAUACAAUUUAUUCCUGUGAUGCAACACUGAAUAUUCAGCAUCAUUAUUCAGUCUAGUAUGAUAUCUAGUCUUCAGUGUCACACGAUCCUUCAGAAUUUUUUUUGAUCAAUUUAAUGUGUACUUGAUGAAUAAAAGUAAUAAUUCAUUUAAAAAAAACUUACAGUUGGGAACAUAUGUACAUAAAGAAAAAAGGUACUGUAUUAGUUCAUGAAGCUGGUGUCAGCAGUUUAUUUUUGUCAUUAUUUAUGCAUAUGAUAACGAGGGGCUCAAAAGCCAGCUGUUUUAUAUGCACAAUUAGAAGGUCUAUUUAAUUAAAACCCUAUGUAGGUUAAACAAGGGUUAGGUAUCAACUCAAUUAGUUACUGUACUUAGCUGAAGCAGCUUUACUAAUUCCAGAUAAGAGAAUUAAUGGAUCACCAGAGACUUCCAGACAAUGUCUCUCUGUGUCUGAAUAUUACAGCUUUUGCAGUAUGUUAGCAGAUAUUAUCUUUAUUAACCCUAUUAAGUCUACUGCAUCUUAUUUAAUGGGCAAAUUUCUAUGGCCUUUAAAUGAUCAAUAUGUUUAAAACUGCAGAAAAUCCUGUUAUACGUAAUAUAUACUACAUGCAUUCUGUCACCUGACUGAUCUUUUAUGCUUUUAUAGCAAGUUUGCAUUUUAGUAUAAUUGUAAAUAUGUCCACCUUCAGCUUGUGGAUCAUUUUUUUGCUUUAAAAUCUUUACUGAUUAUUGUCAAGUAUGCAUAAGAAUAACUUUUGCCUUGUUUGUGUGCAUUGUUAGCAAUUAAAUGCUUGACUGAAGCAACUUUGGCUACUUAAUUAUACAUGCAUAAUUUAUUUGAAGAAUCGUGUUCAAAUCUGAGUGUCAAAUAUAAUCAGCAUGCUUUCCGGGAAGUUUUAUUUGUUCACCUCUCAAUCAACAUUGUAUUGCAUUGCAUCAUUUUUGGAUUAUAAAACUAAACAUUUAAGUCUAAUCUUACUAAAGACGUAUUAUGGCCAGAUAUAGAGUGACAACAUAUUUGUAUGCAGUUUAUGUAAGACUGAUCUCUUUGUUUUACAUUAUAAGCUGUUAGAAUUACAUCCUGCUUUUUGUCCAUAUACAUAUCAGAGUAAAACUGAAAUGUUUCCCCUCAAAAAGCUCCGUAUUCUCACUAUAUCCUACUUUUUGAGCC